GUCGUGCGCCGCGCGCUGGCAUACCUACUCGACCUUGCCCUGCAGUGCGCGCCGCGCGGCGGCCGCGUCCUGGUCGGCGCGCGCGAGGCCGGCGGCGGCGUGGAGGUGUCGCUUCUGCUCUCCGGCCGCCUGCAGCCGGGCCGGGCUCACACAACGGCGCCCGGCUUUGCGGCGCUCGAGGGCGGCGGCGGUGCAGCUGCCGGCGCCGGCUCUGGGGGCGGCGCAGGCCUGGUGUCACUCGAGUUGGCGGAGCGGCUUGUGAGUGGGUCCGGGGGCAGCAUGCACGUGCUGUACCCCUGCGACCUUAUCAGCGCCGCCGGCUCGCGCGAGUCGGCAACGUCGAUUGAGGUGUGGUGGCCGGCGCCGCUCGCCGGCGGGGCCGGCGCGCCAUGA